AUGUCGUUUCUCGGUUUCGGAAGGCCACAGCCUACGUCGGCGGAGAAGAUCGCCGCCGCCGAGGCAGAGAUGAAGAUGAUGGCAGACAUGAUGACCCGAUUGACCCGCGCCUGCGCCAAGAAAUGCGUGCCCAACGACUACCGCGAGGGCGAGCUCAACAAGGGCGAGAGCGUUUGCCUGGAUCGCUGCGCCGCCAAGUUCUUUGACGUUCACAUGAAGAUCUCGGACAACAUGCAACAACAAGCGCAACAAGCGGGAGGC